AAGUAAAAACCGAGAGAAAGAGGAGAGAGAGAGAGAACUGAAAAAGAGGCAAAGAAGAGGGUCCUGUCGGCUUCAACCAAACACGACCUUAUCGAUUCCUCACUCAUUCCAUUCAUUUCGUUUCUCUGUCUGAAUCCCAAACCCUAACCGAUUCGCCUCCGAUUCUACUGAUUGUACCGACCGGAGAAGGAGAAGAAGAAGAAACUCUCCGAGGGUUUCAUAGAUAUAGCCCAGUCUCUGCUGAAGAUCUGUGUGGUUAUCUAAUGGCAUUUGCAGCGUCAAAUCAUUCCUCUGGGAGACCACGUGCAGGGAUUCCCAAUGAUGCUUUAUACAAGGAAUUAUGGCAUGCUUGUGCUGGUCCCCUUGUCACACUUCCUCGUGAAGGGGAGCGAGUUUAUUACUUUCCACAAGGUCAUAUGGAACAGCUUGAAGCAUCUAUGCAUCAGGGGUCAGAGCAGCAAAUGCCUUCAUUCAACUUGCCAUCUAAAAUUCUUUGUAAAGUUGUUAAUAUCCAGCUUCGGGCUGAACCUGAGACAGAUGAAGUCUAUGCACAAAUCACUUUGUUACCCGAAUCAGAUCAAAGCGAGGUUACAAGCUCAGAUCCUCCACUCCCAGAUCCUCCAAGGUGCACAGUCCAUUCAUUUUGCAAGACACUUACUGCUUCUGACACAAGCACCCAUGGCGGAUUCUCUGUUCUUCGGAGGCAUGCAGAUGAUUGUCUGCCACCUCUGGAUAUGUCCCAGCAGCCUCCAUGGCAGGAAUUGGUUGCCUCUGAUUUGCAUGGAAAUGAAUGGCAUUUUCGACACAUUUUUCGAGGGCAACCAAGGCGCCACUUGCUCACAACCGGAUGGAGUGUCUUUGUUAGUUCCAAAAAAUUAGUAGCUGGUGAUGCAUUUAUAUUCCUGAGAGGUGAAAAUGGAGAGCUGCGCGUUGGAGUGAGGAGACUUAUGAGACAGCUAAGCAAUAUGCCAUCUUCUGUUAUAUCUAGUCACAGCAUGCAUCUUGGGGUUCUAGCUACGGCAUCUCAUGCUAUUGCAACUAAAACACUCUUUUCUGUCUUCUACAAGCCAAGAACAAGUCGGUCGGAGUUUAUUGUAAGUCUCAACAAGCACCUUGAAGCUCGGAGCCACAAGUUAUCUGUUGGGAUGAGGUUUAGGAUGAGAUUUGAGGGCGAGGAAGUUCCUGAAAGAAGGUUCAGUGGCACAAUUGUUGGUGUUGAAGAUAAUAAAUCAUCUGGAUGGGCCGACUCUGAGUGGCGAUCGCUAAAGGUUCAGUGGGAUGAACCUUCAUCAAUUUUGCGUCCAGAAAGAGUUUCAUCAUGGGAAUUGGAGCCACUUGUGGCAAACGCUCCUCCAAGCUCCCAACCCACCCAAAGGAACAAGCGGGCAAGACCACAUGUUUUACCUCCACCAACACCAGAUAUAUCUGCACUUGGUGUGUGGAAAUCCCCAGUUGAAGCUCCUUCUGCUUUCUCAUAUUGUGAGUCACAACGUGGACGAGACUUUUACCCAUCUUCUAAUUUCAACUCUGCUACAAAAGGAAACUCUUUCAGCUUCAGUGGUAACAACUCUGUGACUGCUGUUUCCAGCAACUCAAUGUAUUGGUCUAAUAGAGUGGAAGCUGUAACAGAGUCUUUUUCACCGGUUGUUAACAAAGAAUCAGGUGAAAAGAGACAGGGAACUGGGAAUGGCUGCAGGCUCUUUGGGAUUCAGCUACUGGAAAGUUCUAAUAUGGAAGAAACCUCGCCAGUUGUUACUAUGUCCAGAACACCGGGGGAUGAACUGCCGGUUCAAUAUUUAGAUGCCGAAUCUGACCAGAAUUCUGAACCAAAUCGAUCUGAUGUUCCUUCAGUAAGUUACGAUGCUGAGAAAUCAUGCUUGAGAUCGCCUCAUGAGUCGCAAAGCAGGCAGAUUCGGAGCUGCACGAAGGUGCACAUGCAAGGGAUUGCUGUUGGGAGGGCUGUUGAUUUGACACGGUUUGACCAAUAUGAGGAUCUGCUCAGGAAACUGGAGGAGAUGUUUGACAUCGAAGGUGAGCUUUGUGGAUCUACAAAGAAAUGGCAAGUUGUCUACACCGAUGAUGAAGAUGACAUGAUGAUGGUUGGGGAUGACCCAUGGCUCGAGUUCUGCAGCAUGGUGAGGAAAAUUUUCAUCUACACAACAGAGGAAGUCAAGAAGCUGUCGCCAAAAAUAAAACUUCCAGUUCGUGCAGAGGCCAAAGCGGGCAAGCCAGAUGCUGAAGUGGCUGUAAAUACCGAGGACCAGUCAUCAAUUGUGGGACCUGGGUGCUGAUGUUCCCAUGCCUGGUUUGGCCUGAAACCUAGUGUACUUAAAACCAUGAACGCCGAAAAAGAAACCAGAAAAGCAAGUUACAGGGUAAAGAGGUGCUUGACAGUUUAAGAUUUUGUGUAUAGGUUUUACACGGGUGAUGCUCUACAACAUAUUCCCAGUGGAAUGGCCAAUACUGUUUCUUGAGAUGCUGCAUUAAGGACACACGGUGAUAUGGAAGGGCAGUUCUUUGGUGCACAUGGGCAUCUGGAGAGUGUGACUAGCUUUAAGGGUUUGGUGUUUUGGUUCUUUAUUUUUUUAGUGUAGUUUUUGCCAAAUGAAUCUCGUUAAUGCUUUUGCUUGUUCAGACUUGGAAUAGGCGGCAAAGUUUGUCAGCCACGAAUGAAAGGGAUAUGCUCUUCCUUUACAAUAUAUGUUUUUCCUUUUUUCUUCUACCCAAAGUUUCUUUUGUUAUUUACAGAAUACAUCUAUAUUUUGUAUAUAAAUACAUAUGCUCUCUC